UCCUCAGGAUGGAAUACAUUUUCAAUGUGCUGCUUCUCGGCACAUUUUUUACGCUUGUGACAGCACAAAAAGGCAACGUAUGUUUAAUGCCCGAGUUGGAUGCCAACAUUGAAACAGUGAAUCAGCAGAGGUACUUUGGCCCCGGUGCAGAGUUAGCACUGACUUGUAAACUGGGAUACACGUCCAUGUUGGGCCCUCGGAAAAUUGUAUGUACUGAGAAUGGAAAUUGGACUGGAACCAAAUUCAUGUGCAUUGCAAAACGUUGUCCUUAUCCUGACCCACUGUCCAAUGGAGAACUGCACUAUGAGGAUACGGUGUACCAGAGUAUAAUCAACUAUACCUGUCAUGAGGGGUACACCCUGUCUGGACCCAACACUGUUAAAUGCCAAGCAAAUGGAACAUGGAGCACAUCAGUACCAGAGUGCAAACCUGUGUCCUGUGGUCUUGCUCCAAUCCCAAAGUUUGGUCUUAUCAGUUUCAACAAGAAGGUCAGAGAAAACACAACUUAUUUUGGCACCCAUGGGACAUAUAAGUGCCUGCCUCCAUACGUCCUCUUUGGAAACGCUCAUGCAGAGUGCACUGCCAGCGGCAACUGGACCAAGACACCCAAAUGUCAAGUGGUCACGUGCCCUACACCAGAGAACAUUUUCAAUGGUUACAUGUCCAGCAACGAGCAGCGAAAUUACGAAUUCAUGGAGACAAUGCAGUAUGGAUGCAAUGGUGACUAUGUGCUGGCAGGAACCUUCCAAAUUGUUUGCCAGAAGAAUGGAGAUUGGUCUGAAAAACCAGCCUGUAAAGCUCCUUGUAGCGUUGACAUAAAAAGAGGAAGAAUACUGUACAAAGAAAAAAAACUCUGGAUUGCAGACCUCGAGCCAAACAAAGUCUUCCAUAAUGACAUUGUAUCAGUCUACUGCUUGGACAAGGUCAGGAAGUGCGGCUAUGCUGUGUCAACUCAGUGCAUCGAUGGAAAACUAAAAAUCCCUGAAUGCCAUGAAGAGCCAAGCGUACUUGAGUAUACCUUUGAUUCUGGUUCACUUCCAUCAGAAAUAGAAGAGUGCUGA